UCUUGUACUCAAUUACCAGUACUUCACGGUCUCGAUUCUAAGUCUUUUCUAACCACUCCUAUUGUUUCCCACCUUCACUGACUUUCACCAACGUAGCGGAUUCUCUUAUGUCCUGGCAUUUGGGAGGAACCAUCCUCAAAAAUUCCCUCCCCCCCCACUGUCUCUGGAAGUUGGAACAGUCCCAAGUAAAAGCCUCGAGGGUUGGCCCCAAGACUUCCUUUUCUCGGAGCCCUUGGAGGCAAAGGUGCGUUUUCUCUUUGGGUUUAGUAGGUGGGCGUGGUUAGCCCCCCCAUACUAUCUGGUCUCCACUGGAGAAGUGAGGCUUGGUGGGAGGUGUACUAGCGUGGGGCAAGCCUUAGGGGACCUCUAAGAGGAUCUGAGGGAGGAGGGGCAGGGCAAACUGAUGGGAGGAGACCCGGCUGAGGUAGGGGCGACAUUGGGGUGGGACGGCAGGGGGGGCUGUGAGGGCCCCCGCAGAGUGGACACCUGGUUGAUUCAUUUCCACAGGGCCAGCCAAACCCCUAAAGUACUCAGUCAUCAUGGCCUUGAAAUCUGACGACGCCACUGGUGGGUUCCAGCAUGACAAUGUGGUAGCUUUCAUCAAUGAGAAAAUGGCUGGGCACACAAAAGGCCCUGAGUUCUACAUCGAGAAUCUAUCCCUGUCCUGGAAGGAGGUGGAGAACAAGCUCAGGACCAUCCUGGAGGACACCACAGUGUCCAGUGAGGCCAAAGAGGCCUGUGCCUGGAGCAGCCUGGCCCUGGGCGUGCGUUUCGCCCGUAGGCAGGGCCAGUUACACAAGCAUAGGGUACACUGGCUGCACGAUUUUGCCAAACUACAUAAGUCGGCAGCACAUGCCUUGGCCUCAGACCUAAAGGAAUUCACAGAGCAGCAGGAGAUGGAGCGCAAGGAGGCAGCCUUUCGGCUGCGGCUGGCCCAGUCCAACCUGGCAGAGAUGCAGAAGGAACGGGAUCUCCUAAGGUGGAAGCUCUUCCAGGUUGAGCGGGGCGGGGUCUCAGAGGAGCCAGGCCUGGCCACUGCCUGUGAGACUGGGACAGGGGGAGCAAGUGAGGAGGAAGAUGAGGCCGGAGCUGCUGCUACUUCUACUACCGCUGCUGGUGCCACAGGAAGAGGAAGAAGAAGACAGAAGGAUGCAGAGGGGGCAGAAACUGCAAAGGCGAUGAGUAGAGGCCUCAUGCAGCUGCUGGGAGCUGUGGAGCGGAAAAAUUACACCACUGGUGGGCAGAGGGAGGGAGAUCUCAGGUCAGUGGAAACAGCCAUGUUUUAUUUCUCUGGGACCCUCAAGCCUGGGUCCAGAGUCGCACCAUCGCCCCUUCCUGUCCAGCUCCCUGCCUCAUUCACAUACUCCUACUCUUGCCCCUCAUCCCCCUUCCCGCCUGCACCCGCACCAUCCCCACCAGCAGCAACAUUCACUGCAGGAGCUCCAUUUCCAACAUCUCCACACUGGAAGCCCUCUGAUGUUAGCGUGUGGUCUGAUGCGGGGUCCCAGGGAACAGGAACUCAAGAAUCCCAAAGAGACAGGAGAGACUCUGAACCCUAUCAGCAGAGAAGACCUCCCAUAUUUCGCAGGCCUGGGGAUUGGGACUGCCCUUGGUGUAAAGCUGUGAAUUUUUCACGGAGGGAAAUCUGCUACUGCUGUGGGAGGGGAAUUUGGCUGCAAAGCCCUCAGUAAAUUCAGAAAUGUGAAACAGAACAGAAACCUGUCCUAGUGGGAAAUCAAUUUUGGGGAAAGGUGGGGAAAGGAGGGAGGGAACUGGGGGUUGGCAAGGGAUGAAUGGGAGAAUGAGGCUAAGAGAGUGCGAGGGAAGUGGGGUGGGAAGUGGAGAGACUGUAGAUUGACAGAGAUAGACAUAUUUUAUAUUUUGAUGACCCCUUUUUUGUUCCAGAGUAUUAACAUUCCACACCCCGGAAGCACCGUAGCUUCUUAGUGUGUAUCUCUCUCACUAACCCUAGUAUCAGGUGGACCUGAGCAGCCAUGUAUAUGACCAACUCACCCUUCUUCCCACCUAGGCUAUAUGAUUGGAGCAGGAAUGGACAGGAUCUCACACUAGAGAAUCUGAACAGAGAGGCAGAUUCCAUAGGUUGAUGCUAUGGAAUCAGUGGGUCAUUUGGAAUUAGGGUCAAGUUCAGAGUCAUGAAUGCCAAGGCCAUAGCCAAGGCCUGGCCCUGGCUGUCAGGGAACAGAACUGUGCACUUAAUAGAAGCCAAGUUCUUAGAGGAUGCCGGAAUGAGGUCCCAGGAAGCAGAGAAGGUACAAAAAAGCACAGGAAUUGAUCUUCCA